CAAUCGAUUUUCUGCGAUGAUUGCCUGUUACCCUGGUCUGGGAUCACACUACGUCAAACAUGUGGACAACCCAAACAGGGAUGGGCGGUGCAUUACGGCGAUUUAUUAUUUAAAUCUCAACUGGGACGUCCGUACCUAUGGUGGCCUCUUGCGGAUAUUCCCACAGGGAUGGCUGGAGGACAAAGUUGCAGAUAUAGAACCCCUAUUUGAUAGAUUGUUAUUCUUUUGGUCGGACCGAAGAAACCCCCACGAAGUACAACCAGCGUAUCAAACUCGUUACGCUAUUACUCUCUGGUACUUUGAUGCUGCGGAAAGAGCAGAAGCACUUAGGCGCUACNUUG